AUGAGUGUAUAAAAAUAAAAAUGUUCUUGGAAUAAUAAAUGUGAAUUGCUAAAAGAAAGUACAAUUAAAAAUACACUAUUAUGCGAUUAUCAUGACAUUGCUGUCACUCCGUAUACUUGCUAAUAACUUAAAUCUGGAUUAUGUAAAAUAUCUUGUAAUUAAGGCAUGAACUCAGGAUUAGAAGGAGAUUAUAGAUGUGUUGAAGUAAGAAUAGAUCAAUUAUCAACGAUAACUUGUAAUCAACCAGGAUUAAAUGAUUAAGCAUGUCUUUCUAUAAUAACAGAGGAUUAAUAUUGUGUUUUUUUAGAUGAUCAAUGCAAAUCAAUUGAACCAAAGUAAGUUUUUUCAUGCAAUUAAUUAAAUAAAAAUGCUUGUAUAUCUGCAAUGAAGCAUAAUUAACAAUAAUUAUUAUGUGAAUGGAUAGAUUCAUCAUGUAGAAUAUAUAAAUAAAAUGAAUUUAAAUGCUAAACAAAAAAUGAAGUCAAUUGUUUAGUUUGUGCAUCAUCAUAGUAUCUUUGUAUGUUUGAUGAAAAAUAAAAAAAAUGUAAAAGUAUUGAAAUGCAUGAAAUAAAUGGAUUAGGAUGCAAUACUCCUGGAUUAUCAAAGAAAGCAUGCCUUAAAAUAACAUCAUAAAAUUGUUCUUUCUAAAAUGGGAUUUGUUAAUAAUUAAAUUAAGAUGAUCUUACAUAUUAUAAAUGUAAUAUGGAUUUAAAUGAAAAGGCUUGUGUUAAUUUGAAGACAAAUUCUUAAUUUUGUCUAUGGAAUGGAAAUAAUUGUUAAGAAUUAUUUAUUAAUUAAAAUAUUGAUUGCCCUUUAUAUGUAAAAAAUUCAUCUAUAAAAAUGAAUGGAAAUGUUUGUUAAGCAAUUUCAAAACCAAAUGUUUUGUGUAAAUAUGACCAUAUUAAUAAUGUAUGCAUUAAAAGUUCAAUUAAUGAUUAAUGUAACACUCCAUUUCUUAAUUAAUUUGGAUGUGUAAGUAUUUUAAACUCUAAAGAAACAUGUUAAUGGACUGUUAAUGGAUGUCAAUUCGUAGUUAUAGUAUAGUAAUUAACAACUUGUGAAAGUUUAGGAUAUGCUAAUCCAAAUUCAUGCUCCUAAAUUUAUGAAAAUGAUAAUAUAGGAUGCUAUUUUGAUAAAAAUAAACAGUAAUGCACAUCUAUCUUAGUAAAUUCUGAUGAUAAAUUAAUAAAACAGUUAUUGAAUACAAUCAAAUGUGAUACUUUUUCUCUCGGGCUUAAUAAAGUAAUGUGCGGUUCUAUCACUACUGAAUAAACUCCAUGCAGAUGGUUUCAAGAAUAAUGUGUAUAUUUAUCUAAAAGAAGCGAUAUAGCAGAUGUACCAUGUUUACAUCUAUCGUAUUCAAACUAUUAGGCUUGUGCUUUAGCUUCAUUUCAAAAUGAACCAUGCAGGUAUCUUGAAAAUUUAAAAGGAUGUGUUAAUAAUAUUUAAAAAUUCACAAAAUGCUAUACAAAGGGAUUGAACAAGUUUGGUUGUGAAUUAUCUGUUGAUAAAUGUUAUUAUGAUAAAGUACAAUGUAUUAAAGCAUAAGAAAUUGAUAUUAUCAAUGAUAAUUCUAAUAAUCAGUAGGCUAAUUCUUCAAUAAUAAAAAUAAUAUACAAUUCUUCAUAACUAUGCAACACUAAAUUCAUAACAAAAAUUGAAUGCUCAUCAAUUAUUACUAAAGGAUAAUUAUGUGCUUGGUCUUUUACAACCAAUUCUUGCACUUAAAUUUCUGUCGAUAAUAAAUAUUGCUAAGAAUUUGGGUAUUUAAAAACAAUUGUUAAUCCAAAUGUUUGUGCAUCAAUAAAUUUAGAAACUCCAGAAUAUUGCAGCUUUGAUUUUAUUUAAAAUAGCUGCAAACUCUAUAAUGAACCAUGUACAACCAAAUGUUGCACUGAUAAGAAAUUAAUUGGAAUAAAUGCUAAUUCUUGUAGUAGGUUUUCAAGUAAAAAUUUAGGUGAUUAUUGUUAUUUCUAUGAUCUUAAGUGCUAAGAAUUAACUCUCUAACAGGUUGAUAUUUCUGAUUCAAAUUUGGUUAAAUAAUUCUAUAAUGAUAAUAAGUUACCUUGUACAUCAAUGAAUAUUAAUUCCUGCCAUAUGAUUGAAUGGUCAACUUCUUAACUUUGUUAUUAUAAUGGAGAUGCUUGCUUGAAUCUUAAAUUUUCCAAAAUUAAAAAUUUAAUGAUUCUGACCUAGUAUCCUAUAAUUUUAAAUGAAUAUUCCUGCUUAGCAAUAGAAGCGAUGUUAACAAUCUAUAAUAAAUAAAAAUAUUUCUCUUAUGAUAUGAAUAUAAAAAGAUGUAAAUUACUGACUAUUACUUCUUAAUUUCCAUUUGCUGAAUGUGAAGAUGCUUAUGGAAAUAAAAAUUUAUGCACUAGAUAUACCGGGAACAACUUUUGUAAAUGGGACUUAGCUAAUUUAAAAUGUACCACAAUAUCUUAAGAUGAAAUAGGCGAAAUUUAGACCUGUAAUAAUAAUUUAAAUAUUAAGACUUGCAUGGAGAGUAAAAAAUUAAACUGUUUUUUUUCUUAUGAUGAAGAUUUAUGUAUUUAAGCACCCUCAGAUGUUGAUUGUGAUUACUUUAAUCAAAAAGGAUUAGUCUCCGAUUCAGUAUGCAAAUAUAUUAGCGGGCCUAGUUAACUUUGCGAAUAUUCUGAAUAGGAUAAAACUUGCAUAAAAUCAGAAACCUUAUUUGAUAGUUGCGAUGUUUCAGCAAGGAAUGCAAAUAACAGAGUAUGUUAUAAUAACACAAAUGGAAAUUGUAGAUGGGAUACAUCUGCUUUAAAAUGUUAUGAAAAUUAAACAGAAAUUGGAGAACUCAAAUGUAGUGAUUAGUUAAACAAAAUUCUAUGUGUACAAGUAGUAAAAGAGGCAUGUAUGUGGGAUGAUGUUAAAUAUUAAUGUUAAGUGUUUAUCCCAAAAACAUCUUAAGAAUUUGAAAAUUCAAAUAAUAAUGUAAAUCAUCUUUAUAAUCAAAAAGCUUGUUUAUUGAUUUCAGGAGCUGGAUAUUUUUAUAACAAAGAAACAAAAAAAUGUAUGAAAAUGGAUGAAACUAUUAAUAAUCUUAGUUGUGAUCAAUAUUAAUUGAAUUAAUAUGCUUGUUUAUAUUUAACAAGAGGUACUCCUUGCUUUUAUGAUUAAAAUGAUCAAUUAUGCAAGAUUUUUGAAGAUGAAUAGUCAUAAUGUAAUACUUCUAAUUUGAUCAAUAUUGAAGUCUGUAUGAAAAUACCAGUUGCAUGUGUUUUUAAUGAAAGCACUCUAUAAUGUCAACCAUUCAAUGUAGAACAAACUAUGACUUGCACAUAAUUAUUCAACUAUUCCAAAAAUAAAAUCCAUCAUAACAAAAUUUCAUGUGCUUCUAUAAGUCCUAAUUUAACAGAAGUAUUUGAGGAGAAAGAAUGUUCUCAAGAAAAGGAAAAUUUUUAAAAAUGUAGAUUUGAAAAAUAUUGUUAUUGGAAAGAAUAUACAUGUUAGGUUUAUAAACUAUUAGUUGAUUAUUUUGAGACUGGGAGAUCAAAAGCCUAAGAAAGUAGUACUUGUCCAAAUGUAGAAGAAGUGAAUACUUGCCCUACAGAAGUCUUCUAGGCCAAUUCAAAUUUGUAUUAAAGGAAUAAACCAAAUAUUAUUGUGAACAGUUCUUGGGCAUAAAAAAACUAUUCCUGCAGAUAAUAAAUUUUAUUUACAAUUUAUGAAUAUACCUUUACCUCAAUAUAAAAUCCUUCAGAAACAUGUAGAGUUUAAAUUUGUGCUUAUUCUUAAUAAGAAUUUUGUUUUAGUGAAGAUCCUUUUGAAAUUGUUGAGACCUAUAUUGAUUUUUCAAAUGAUUAAGUAAACACAGCUGCUUAGGUAUCUUUAGAAAAUUUAAGAGAUACAUCAUUAAAUUUUUGUGAUACCCAAUUUGAACCUCCAUAUGAUCAAAUUCUUUCAGAUAAUUGUACUUAAUAGGAUAAUUAUGCCUUUACUCCUUGGUGCAUGUUAAUAAAAAAUAUCAGUAGAGUUUGUCAUUAAUCUUUUUCAUAAGCUCUAUGUUAGUAAUUAGAUAAAGUAGGAUGCUUCUUUGAUAUAAAUUAGGGAGGCUGUAAUUAAUUAAAAAACAAUGAACAUAAGAUACCAAAUUGCGCAAGCAUUUCAAAUAAUUGUUUUAUAAGUUAAAGCUCGAAUGCCAUUUGUUAAAAUGGACCUUUGAUAAAAUAACCAGGUCCUUCAUGUUUGAGUAUCCAAGAAGAUCAAUAAACCUGUGAAAGCGCUAGUAAUUAAUUAUCUAGUUUUUCUUGUAAUGAAAUCAGUGAAUCUAAUGCUUAGCCAAUUUUAUGUGCACUUGCUAUAGAUUAAUGCAGAUUUGAUGGCAUUAAAUGCACUAAUAUUUUGCCCAUUCCUUGUAAUUGCGAUAAAAGUUAUAGUAAAGUUUUAUGCGAAUAAUGUGGUUGCGAUUAUAUUUUUUUAGGAUAUUGUUAAAAAAAGAGUAGCAUGUUGUAUCCUUAAUUAAAUUAGGAUUGUUCAAAUAAAUAUUAUUUAUGUUAUGAAGUCAACACAUUUACCAGAGCUAAUAAGUAAAAGGCUUGUGGCUUAGUUGAUUAAGCAUGUAAAUUCACAGAUAAAUGCGAAGAUGCCACUCAUUCUACUUGUAAGGAAUUAAUUGGGUUAACCGUAUCUUAAUAGGCUUGUGCAAGAUGCACUGGUUUAGCAAUGUAGUAUAAUUCAAUCGAUUAAAAAUGCUAUCCUAUAGCCUAAAAUAUAAGUUAAUGUGAAAAUCUUAAUAAAGAAGCUUGCCUCUCUUUUUCCACAAAUAUUUAUUGUUAAUGGCAGAAAUCUCUAUCUUUAAAAUGCAAUUAAAAGAAAUAUGAAUUUACUUGUAAAACCAUUUCAGCUAUUUCGACAACAGAUUAAAUAGAGUGUUCAAAGUUAAAUUAUGAAAGUUGCAAUAGAGACUAAAUGAAUUUAUGCUGGUUUAAUCCUGAGAGUAAAUUAUGUGAGAAAUAUAGUCCAUUGAAAGGGAAGUGCUUACUUUAUAAAAAUAAAUCAACAUGUAUGUUGUCUAUGGUUGAAUCAUGUAAAUGGAAUGUUUAAAUAUGUUAAACUGAAUCAAAUCCACAAUAAUGUAAUGGAUUAAAUAAAUAUGGUUGCUUGAAUUUCUAAUUAUCACCAUGUGUAUGGUCUGAUAAUUUAUUAAGAUGUGAAUUAGCUUAAUUCUCUAAUAAUCAAAUGAAUUGUACUUAAUUUUUAGAAAACUAAAGUGAUGUGUCACAUAUGAAUGCUUAAACUUGUACAUAAAUAGAAGGUGAUUAAAGUUGCAUUUUGGGUAACAACCACAAAUGUAGACAAAUUUUAGAACCUUAAUUUUAUGAUUGUGAAACUUAAGGAUUAAACAAAAACGCUUGUCUAUCAAAAACCAAGAAUUCUUGUGCCUUUAUUAAUAAUAAAUGCAUUUCCUUCUCAAAUACUAAUCAAGGUUGUUAAACAUAUUUAAAUGAAGUAGCUUGUUUGAAUUAAGAUGCAAUAUGCAAAUUUAAUCAAGGCUUUUGCUCAGACUUCAAAUUCACUUCUGUUUUUGACAUUCUUUAAACUAGGUUUGCCCCUUAUUCAAUAAAAGUUUGCUACGUUUUUGAUGAUUAAAUAGGUUUAAUUUAUAGUGUCAUCUAAAAGAGAUGUGUAGUUUUUGAUAACCUAAAAAUAAAAUUGACUGACUGCUCACAAUUUGUAGAAUAGUUUUGUGAAUAUAAGGAAAAUAAAUGUUAAUACAUUAACCCUUCAGAUAUUGAUCUUUGCUUGAAUACAUUAAAUUCAUUUGCAUGCACUCAAUAGAAUAAUGUAUUAUGCAAAUUUUAAAAUAAUUAAUGUUCUACAUUCAACGAGACAAGUGAUUUUAAUUGUGCCUUAUAAUCGUUUAAGUAUUUGACUAAUCCAAAAAUAUGUUAUGCAGAUAAAAAAAAUCCAUGUAGCUUUAAUAGUAAAACAAAAUAAUGUGAAUUAUUAGAGGAAAAGUCAAAACAAUAGUUGACAUGCAGUUAGUUCAAUAGGAAAGCUUGUAUUUUUAAUUCAUAAGAAUUGGUUUGCCAAUUUAAUGAAAUCGAAAAGAUGUGUGAAAGUUCAUUUGGAUAUUCAAUUUGCACAGACUCAAUAAAUAAAAACAAAUGUUUAGCCAUUAUAACUAAGGGGCAAUACUGUUAAUUUAAUGAAAUUGAUGGUUGUCAACAACUAGAUAAAUCAAUUGAUAUUAAAAUUUGCUAAAAUCCAAUAUAAACGAAUCCUUAUACUUGUUCCUAAAGCUCAGAUGUUCCUUGCUUGUAGGAUAAAAGAAAAAAAUUGUGUGCUGAAUAUAAGCCGUUUGAUAAAAUCAAUAAUAUUGAUGAUUAAUCGAUUUUUUAAAGCUAUACAUUAUCAAACAUAAAUUCCUUUAACAAAAUGACUUGUGAGCAAUUUAAUUAAGAAAUAUUGAUGAAGGACUCUCAAGCAAUUAUAAGGGAUGUUCUUAUUUUUUGGAAGGAGUCUUGCAUAUAAAUAUAGAGUGUAUAAUUGUUCUACUUAACUUGCGAUUAAAAUCUAAACAGAAACGCAUGCAUAAGUAUCAAAACUCAAUUUUAAUACUGCUAAUAUAAAAAUAAAAAAUGCAUAAAUGUUGAUUUAAAAGAUUUUAUAAAUACACCUUGCGAAUCUAUUUAAAAUAUAAACUCAGGAGCUAUAUGUGCUAUGACCACAGAUGUUGCUUGUGAAUUUGAUCCUUAUCAAUACAGUUGCAAAAGCAUAAAAUUUGAUUCUUCGAGUAUUCAACAAAUUGGAUGUGUUGAGAAAAAUCCUGAAUAAAAAGGUUAUAAUAAGCUAGCUUGUAUUUUAGAUUAGAGCAAUUGUGUUUUUAAUGGACAAUGUUAUAAAAUUAGCAAGGUCAAUAUUCAAUUUUGUGAGGAUGCUAUAAAUAUAAUUUAAUGCUAACAAGUAUAAAUAGAAGGGUGUGUUUUUUAAUUGAAUAAAUGUAUGAAGAUUUAAGUAUCUGAUUAUUAUUUGUUGACAUGUGAAUCAGCUAUUAACAAGAUAGGAUGUAUUAAUAUUUAAAAGGAAGGACAGUACUGCUAAUAUGUGGAUAAUCAAUGUUUGUUCCGUGAUUUAAUGGAUAUAAGAUAUAUGGAAUGUCUAGAAAUCAAAAAUAUCAACCACUACUCUUUUUGUGAAUUUCCUCGAGAUGUGGGAUGCAUUUAUGAUUUUAAAACAUAAUCUUGUUAAAUUGUACCUUUUACAGAAGAUAUAAUAUGUUAAAGAGGAAUCAAUAGGAUAGCAUGCUUAACAUAAACAAUUCAACAACUAAAUUGCCAAUUUAUUGAUUAUUGUUAUGAUCCUAAUUAUGGAAUUUAAAAAUGUACUAAUCCAAAUAAAAGUUUAUGUUGUAGAGAGGCAGGUUCAAUAGAAAAUUGUCUCAAUUAAUAUUUAUAUCAAUGUUAGUGGAUUAAUAAUCAAUGUUAGAGUUAUUCAGUUAGUUAAGACUCUAUAUGCGAUGACAUCUAGAACUCAAGUUUACUUGCUUGUAUUUCUAUAACGGAUAAAUUUUGCAUUUAUGAUUCAAUUAAUCAUAAAUGCAACUCUAUCAUACCUACAUCUUGUGAUUAAUUGUAAUCACCCAAUUAAUGUAACAGGAUGAUUACUUUACCUUGCAUUUGGAAUGAAUAAGAUCAAUAUUGCAUGUAUCUUGAAAGUAGAGAUGUUAAAGAUGGUUUAAUUUCAAUGAGAAGUUCAGCCUCAAUGAAUUGUGAAGAUAUAACAAUUUAGAAUGGAAGUUAGAGGGCUUGCAUGAAUAUUGUAAAAUAAGGGUAAAUGUGUAUAUUUUAAGAUAAUUAAUGUAAUGCAUUUGUGUAAGACUAAACCUAGAAUAAUUGUUUAAAUAAUAUUAAUGUUAACUCAUGUUUAUAGUAAAAAGUAAGUGAUUGUUAUUGGGAAGUAAAAUUAUUUAAAGUUAAGAAGACUCUGGAGGGAACUGAGUCAGAAUAAAACUAUGGAAGCUGUGUAAAAUUUGAUAAAUUUGAUAAUUAUGAUAAAUAAGUAUUAAAUGAUUGCGAUUCAAAACUUAGCUAUACAUCUUGUUUAAAAAUUAUAAGGGAAGGAGUAUUCUGUAGAUGGUAAAAUAAUUAGUGUUAACUUAUUGAUGAUAAUGAAGUAAUUAUUUUUUAGCCUUCAUAUCUGAAAGAAGUUAAUCAAAAUGCAUGUGGUUUAGUUAAUAAUGGAGAUAUUGUAAAAUAUGAUUAAAAUAUGAAUUUCUGCAUUCAAAUUCAGGAUCAUUCAUCUGUAACAUGUAUUACGGAAGGAUUAAAUAAAGAUGCUUGUCUAAAUAUUAAAUUUUAAAAUUGUUAUUGGGAUAUUACAAGAAGAAAAUGUAGACUUGGAAAACCUGCUCUUGAUAAUAAGUAAAAUUCUUGUCAAUUUAAAAAUUUAUCCUCUUAUUUAUGUUCAUAAUUGAAAUUAGAUUAACCAUGUGGAUUUAUAAAAGAUGGAUGUGAUUUCGUUGACUUAGAUUAAAUAAUAUGUAAUCAUGAGGGAUUGAAUCAAUAUGCAUGUCUUCAUGUUAAAAAUUAUCCUUGCAUUUGGACCAAAAAAAAUGAUGAAAAAUAUCAAUGUGAGGAUUAUUCUUAUUAUCUUCCUUGUGAUUAAAUACCAUCAAAUGUCAAUCCAAAAGUAUGCUCUAUUAUAAGAGAAGGGGCUUGUUAUUAUAAUGAAUAGAAUUUCAAAUGUGAAAUUCCAAAUAAGAAUUAAACAAGUUGUGAAUUGAAUGGAUUAAAUAUUAUUGGAUGUGUUUAAAUUGAAAAUUGUUAUUAUGAUUAAAAAUGUUAGCAUUUAAAUAAACACAAUUAUUUAUGUGAAGAAUUUCCUAUAGCUAAUCAAUUAAUUUGCAAAAAUGCUAUUGAUUCUUGUAAGUAUUAUGAAUUUUAAUAUGGAUGUUAAGUUGCUUAAAAUGAAGGUUGUUCUGAUGAAUCACUAAGUGAUUAAGGGUGUUUAAAUUAACCAAAUUGUGUACUUUAGGCAGAUGGAUGUAAAUGCAGAAAGUUUAUUGAAACUUAUGAUUGCACUUAAAUUACAGAUAUUGACAAAUGUAAAUUAUAAAAUCAUUGCAUUGUUCAAUAUUAAUAAAAUAUCAUAAAUUUAACUGGUGCAAACAAAAAAAGUGUUAGGAUUAUUUUUAUGAUUAAUGUGAUGGUAAAUCUAUAUUAAAGUCAAUUUUGUUAUUGGAGUCAUUCUAAUCAAUGUUUACCAGCCUAAAAUUGUGAAGAUAUUCUCUAACCUUUUCUAUGA